ACGUGUCAAAAAGUUUUAUCUUGGAUACAAUCUGAAGGACAAUGUAGUGCAUAUAUGAUUGAACUUUUAAAUAAUUUAAAGCCAAUAUUUCUCAAGACUUUCUUGUGGAUUAGAAAGAAAAGGUUACUUGGUUUUUGGUUACCUCAUGCUAGUAUGGUUCGACCGUUAAGUGAAAAGGUUAGCACAACUGGAAUAUCCUUUGAAUUAAUUACUUAUUGUAAUGGAUUGACCUUGCAGAUUUAG